CAGAGAGAUGCAACCCGAGAGAAAAUAUCACAAAUAUGGUGAAUAAGGCUGCCUUUAUUUUCACUUGCCAGAUUAAAAACCGCAGGUCGAGUUUAUUAUCCGAAGUGCGAUCAUUUGUGUAACGGGAUUCUAACAAUUGGCAAUAUUCUGGCCAUGUCGCUGCUUCAAGUCCUCGCAAUGAAAAGCUCUGUGUUUUCGAUGUCGUUUGUUCGAACGAGACAACCAUUUCGUUUUUCAAAGCGUGUCACGACGCUUCACGAAUUCCGAGGUUAAUCACAUGUUCAGACCCUGGACAGCUCCACGCUCUGGAACAUAUGUGCGGCGCGAGGAGUCCCUGCAGCGAUAGUGGGGAAACCCUCGGAAACCAGGAGCAGAAGGCAAAAUGUCCUCUUCCAGAUUCAGAGAUGCAGCUUCGUAGUUACUUGUUUAGACGGGGACUCAUAAUAACAUCUUGCUGAAUGAUGAUGCUUGUAUUUCGGAUUCAGCCUUUCUGUUAUGCCCUGUAUUCUGAGAAGCGGCAGGGGUGUCUGUCCAACGCACAACUGCUAAGGAUAGCAGCCUACACACUGCAAACCCAGAGCUCAACUCACACUGAUCAACGGAAAGGGAGAUAUUGCUUUCACCACCACGGGGGCCCACGAGGCACGGAUAGACUGUCAACAAUGUAAAUCAAUUAAGAGACUCUUCUUCGUGGUGGCCUCAGGUGUUAAAUUUGGGUGACAUCCCGUGGAACCCCAGCCAUAGUCCUGACUCCUCAGCAUGGCCGACCCUCAGGCAGCUCAGCAGGCCAGCGUGUCGGACCUGGAGAUCAUAUCCCAGCAGGCGGAGGAGGAGAGCCAGUGCAUUGCCCCGGUCCAGCUGGUGGGCUUCACUUACCGGGACCUGCCGCUGGCUGCCUUGGACCUCUCCCUGGCCGGCUCUCAGCUCCUGUCUAACCUGGACGAGGAGGACACCAGAGAAGGGUCGAACUGGCUGAAGCCCUGCUGUGGACAAAGGGCCGCUCUAUGGCAGGUCUUCCUCUUCAGUGCUGGCUUCAACUGCGUCCUGGUGGCCUGCGUGGUCCUGGUGGUGGUCCUCCUGGCUUUGGAGCUUCUUAUCGACACCAAACUCCUGCAGUUUACCAACGCGUUCCAGUUCGCCAGCAUCGUGCACUGGAUCAGCCUUGUCAUCCUGUCUGUGUUCUUCUCCGAGACGGUCUUUAGGAUUGUAAUCCUCGGGAUCUGGGACUACAUCGAGAACAAAGUUGAGGUGUUUGACGGUGCUGUUAUCGUCCUCUCUCUGGCCCCAAUGGUGGCCUCCACUGUUGCCAAUGGACCCAGCAGCCCGUGGGAUGCCAUCAGUCUCAUUAUUACUUUGCGUAUUUGGAGGGUGAAGAGAAUCAUUGAUGCCUACGUACUCCAGGUGAAGGUGGAGAUGGAACUGGAGAUCCAGGAGUAUGAAAAGGCCAAGGCGGUCAGGGAGGAGCAGCUGGAGCGCCUCACCCAGAUCUGUCAGGAGCAGGCUUUUGAGAUCAGGCAGCUGCGGGCUCACCUGGCGCAGCAGGAUCUGGAUCUGGCUGCAGAGCGUGAGGCGGCCAUGCAGAUGCACCAUGUGUGGGACAAGCAGGCGGGGAGCUUCCAGGUGGUGGAGGGGCUGGCCCCCGGGGAGUCAGACCAUGAGGGCCGCGGAGGAGCCAGAGAGCCCCGGGCCCCACCAGAUUCCGUUGUCCGAGAUGACAUGAACAACUAUAUCAGCCAGUACUACAAUGAGCCCAGCAGUGAUGCGGGGGCGGCAGAAAUUGGCGCGCGUGUCAUAACCACAGCGGCGAUCGACGUGCACCUGCCCAAUAACCCCAGCAGCACGUCCUCCGUCAUGCUGGCCGUGAACGCCCCCGGCCCUCCCACACGCGUGGUCGGCUCGGUCAGCGACACGUCCGUCUCCGCGCCCCGCUCGGCCGGCGUCUCCACGGUCCGAGGACAGAGCGCCAGCAGCCACACGCUCAGCUCCAGCAGCGCCCGCGAGACCUCGGACUACCGCCCCCUGGUGGGCCCCACCGGGCAGCACUGCUGCAGCUCCCUGUCCGCGGGCCUCAGGGACCCCAGCGCGGUGGUGCAGGAGCUGCUCUCCUCCCUGACGGGGGACUCCUGCCUGGCGCAGAAAGGCCUGGACCCCGUCAACCUGAAACUGCCCAGCCCCACUGGCUCAGCUGAGACCAGCCCCCAGCUGGAGCACAGGGUCAACAUCUACAACAGGAAGAACCAGGAGAACCUGAGCGUGUUCCAGGCCAAGCCCCUGAUCCACCUGCAGGCCAGCGAGCCUCCCCCAGGGGAGAAGUACAGACUGCUCGACCCUGCCCACGCCCCUGCCACCCGCCUGCCUGACACAUAGUGACCAGCAGGGGGCACCCAUUCCCAGCCCUCAUGCCUCAGAAACUGAACCAAGCUGACAUGAACUGAACAUUCCUGCUGGCCUCUUUGUAUUAACCCACCCCCCCACCGUGCCAACCCCACAGUAACUGUGAUGCCCCCUCCUGGUCAAAAAUUGCACAACUGUCAGGUGAGGAGUGGACGGCAGGGAGAAUAGUUCUGAGCCAGCACUGAUGAAUCAUCAGGAAUUUCCAUUGUGAAUAACCAGCAAGGUGCCAUGCUAAAGCUUUUACAGAACAACAUAUUCAAUAGUGUUACUGAUAUACGUACUUCUUUUACAGUUCAUUUUGGGGUGUGUUGGGUGUGAGAAGGUGAUCAUGGGAAAUAGGGUGGUAAGUGCAUUUAUCUUUUGAGUUGUAUACAAUGUUGUAACAAAAUGUAGAGUCUCUGAUCCGGCUACUGCAGGGUACAUUUGAUUUGAUUGGAUGAGCUGUGUUCACAGCAAUUUCUUACCUUUCGUCUUUCUACAUUACAGAUGAUGAUGUUUGUAUUGAAAUUCAAGAGGCUUAACUAUGUUCACUCCUAUAUUAUUAAUCAAGAAAAGAUCAAGGGAAGCAACUACUGGGGAUUUUUGAGAAGCAAAGGCGAUCGAUUUAAACUACUCAAACUAGCAGAAAUGGAGUGAUCAUAGCACAAACCUUCAUAAGGAUCUGCUUCCAGAAUUUGGCAAACUAAGCCUGUGCACUUUAAUGUUUACAGAUAUUUUAUAACCUGAACAUGGAGGAAAUUUGUUGCAGACUGCAGUUGUCCUUUGAUUAAAAGCAAGUUUGUAAACUGAUGGAAAA